AUGGAGAGCAAAGGAAGAAACAUGCCCCCAGAUCUGAGCUUCCUGCCCCGUCCUGCCAUGGUGUGGUGUGAGCGUGGGAUCCAGGUCCUGCUGACCACCAUGGGGGCGUUCGCCGCCUUCGCCCUCAUGACCGUGGCCAUCGGGACGGACUACUGGCUGUACGCCCGCGCCUUCAUCUGCAACAGCACGGCCAACUCCAGCACUGACCCCAACCAGAACCAGGACUCCAGCAAGGACAAGAAGGACCCGGGAGCCCUGACCCACUCUGGGCUCUGGAGGAUCUGCUGCCUGGAAGGUUUGAAACGUGGCGUUUGUUCUCAGAUCAAUCAUUUCCCAGAGGAUGCCGACUACGACCAGGACGCUGCAGAGUAUUUACUACGUGUGGUGCGGGCCUCCAGCAUCUUCCCCAUCCUCAGCGCCAUCCUGCUGCUGCUGGGCGGAGUCUGUGUGGCCUCCAGCAGCUUCUACAAGAGCAAACGCAACGUCAUCCUGGGAGGAGGUAUCCUGUUUGUAGCUGCAGGUCUCAGUAACAUCAUCGGCGUCAUCGUCUACAUCUCGGCGGCGCUCAGCGACAUCUCCCCAAAGAAGGACGAGGAUAAGAAGUGGCACUACUCGUAUGGCUGGUCCUUCUACUUCGGUGGUCUGUCCUUCAUCCUUGCUGAGAUGGUCGGCGUCCUCGCCGUCAACAUCUACAUCGAGAAGAACAAGGAGCUGCGCUGCCGCUCACGCACUGACCUGUUCAAGAGCACCACCCACGCCAUGCUGCGCCUGCCCAGUUACCGCUUCCGCCGGCGUUCCCGCUCCAGUUCGCGCUCCACCGACCCGCCGCGCUCCCAGGAGGCCUCGCCCGUCGGCGUCUCCAAGACCUUCAGCCUGCCGCCGUCGGCCCCGCCCUUCUCCGUGGCCACGCUGCCCAACCCCCACCACAGCAGCAGUGGCAGUGGCGGCGGCGGUGGCGGCGGUGACAUCUCCAUGUACACGCUAUCCCGAGACUCCAAGCUGGGCAGCCUGGGUGGUGGUGCCCCACCCCUCUACGGCACCGUGGACCGGGCCACGCUGUACCAGCUCCACAACUACUUCCCCAAGGACUCCAGCGGCAGUGGUGGCAGCGGAGGAGGAGGCGGCGGUGGCAGCGGGGGAGGGGCGGUGAUUAGCAGCGGCACACUCCCGUCCCUCUCCAAGUCCAACCUGGCGGCGGCGGCGGCGGCCCAGAACACGGCGCCGCUCAACACCUCCACGGCGGCGCCGGCCCCGGCCCCGCAGGCUCCCGUUUCCACGGCAACCAUGGAGCGGGACCGCGGCAAUGUGGGAACCCUGGACCGACUGACCGCCAAACGGGACCGGGACAGCAACUCAGACACACUGAACAGGAAGACCACACCGGUGUAGAGCUCAGUGCACGGCGGCGUCCAGGAGGUAGGGGAGGGGCAAGAUGAGCGGGUGACAUCUGGGUGGAGUUUGGGUCGAGCCUUCGGUACUGAG